AUGAAGGAGCACCCCGACUACAAGUACCGGCCGCGAAGGAAGCCCAAGGCGCUGGUGAAGAAGGAGCCGAAGUUCGGCUUCGGCAUCAGCGGCCUGAUGGCGCCCGUGCCGCGCCUGAUCACGCAGUCCAUGCAGCACCCUGUGCCCCAGCUGCCCGUUCCGCACCACCUCCUGCCGGAGAAGCCGGACCUGGGGCGGGCGCUCUUCCCGCCGCUGCCCUACCCCUUCUAUCCGUUCGCCAAGUUCCCUUCGGACGACGGGAAACUGGCCGCGGAGCUGGCCCAUUUACAGCCUCGGACCACUGGUAUGCAAAGAUGCACUGGUAAGCAGCUUCUAUCACUGCAGGCGCUGUAUGGCGGAGCGUUGUACAGCAGUGCGUUCUACAGCAGUGCGUUGUCACCUUGUGGCUGCCCUCCCAGGAGGACGCCCUCCCCCCCGCCGGACGUUAAGCGCCCUGUCGCCUACGUCCUGAUGAAGAGCGACGAGGAACCACCCCAGCACGUCAUA